AUGAAAAUAUACAGGAGCAAAGUGAUAGCAAUACAUGGGGACCCGGAAGUGGGAGUUGCAGAAGAAACGGUAACAGGCGGCGAUUUUGAUAAUAUGCACGCUACAGUUGUUGAUGCUGAGCCGUUACCUGGAUCAAUAAAAGCCGUUUCUCAGAAAAUGAGCCCGUCUGUUUCAAAAAAAAGGAAAGUUCCCAGGACAGAAAAGAACCCAAAGCCACCAUCCAAGGCAGAACCACAAGGGGUAACAACAACAACAACAGCAGCAACAUCAUCUUGUGUACUUGCACCCAUUUCUUCCUCAUCAUCUGCAGCUUCAUCAAUAUCAAGCCAGUAUUUAGAAACCCUCGAAAGGAUCCUACGGGAGGCUCAGCAAAGAGAGAGGGAGAUUACAGAAAAUUUCCAGGCCAAAAUAGCAGUGGCGCAUGCGCAGAAGGAAGCAGAGAUGGAACAGCUUGCACGUGAUGUUGCAGAACAGGUGGCGCAUGCGGGUGCACAGAUGCAGUGA